AUGUAUCCUUUGUACACCUCCACGUUGCAUCAUCUCGAGUUGAUAGACCUCAACUAUAAGUCCUAUUUGCCCUUCUUGAAGAAGGAGGAUAAUUCUCCCGAGAACCUCUCCUCUAAUUCUCUCAGUAUGCUAGAAGCGCACUGCCUUAGCAUCGGUCUACAGGGUGAUGAAAACGGGGCGCCCAUGGGUAAUGCCUCCUCUUCUCCAUUUGCCAACUUGACCACUCAAUAUCCUCCAGCCAUCUAUCGAUUUCUACAACCUCCCAAUGAAAACUGUCAAGCUUCACCACUUUCUUCAGCCGAUAGCUCAGCAGUCGCAAGGGCGGCAGCAGCAUUUGCUGCUAUUGCUGCACCUCAAGAGCAUUCCACGUCUCCAUCUCCAAAUCAACAAUGGUUUAAUGAUUUCUCGAAUAAUGUCAACCAGGGCUACGCCUAUGAAAACCAACAAAGUCGAUAUUUACCAAUCCUUGAGCCAAACUGGAUGUCCAGCUUCAUUAAUCCCUACCACAAUUACCACCAACAAAUGUCAGCCACUCUAGACCCUACGAAGGAUCCGGUGUACGCAGCAAACUACUUCUUCGCAGCAGCAGAAGCUGCAAAGCCCUAUGAUCCACGUCCGCUCACUCCAACCUCAACUAGACCAAUGCUUCCAACUAAUAGGCGCUAUGCAGGAGCUCGGAGUAAUUGCGACUGUCCCAACUGCCAACAGAUUGACACACUGGCGGCCUCGAACCCAGACCUGGCAGCGGAUUUGAGACGUAACGGCAAUACGCACAGCUGUCAUGUGCCAGGCUGUGGAAAGGUGUACAGCAAGACAAGUCACCUAAAAGCUCAUUUGCGAUGGCAUACAGGAGAAAGGCCCUUUGUGUGCAACUGGCUAUUAUGUGGAAAGCGAUUUCCGCGGUCCGAUGAGUUGCAACGCCAUUUGAGAACGCAUGCGGGGGAGAAGAACAUCGUGUGUCCGGUUUGUCAGAAGCGCUUCCUGCGAAACGAUCAUCUGAGUAAGCACGUGAAGACGCACUACAGCGGGAAGAGUGAGGAAGAACCCAAUGGAAAUGCGGAUCAGCAGACGAAGGUGAAGAGGGUUAAACUGGAGAUUAAAGAGGAGCAAGAACAUGAGGAAAGUGAGGUUGAGAAGAAGGUCUCACAGUGA